AUGUUGUACGUGGCGCCAAAGUGGCGGUGCCUGCUAGCCGUGGCCGCGGCCAUCGCCGCGAUGCUGUCGGCGGCGGGCGGCGCCGGGGCGCAGGAGACGUGCUCGGGUGCGGUGCCGGCGCCGCCCAAACGCGGGGCCUGGAUGUCCAUUGCGAGCUUCGGCGGCGCCGGCGACGGCCGGACGCUCAACACGGCGGCGUUCGCGGCCGCCGUCUCCAGCAUCCAGCGCCGACGCGCGCGGGGCGGGGCGCUGCUCUACGUGCCGCCCGGGGUGUGGCUCACGGGGCCCUUCAGCCUCACCUCACACAUGACCCUCUUCCUCGCGCGAGGCGCCGUCAUCCGCGCCACGCAGGACACAUCUAGCUGGCCGCUGAUCGACCCGCUGCCCUCAUAUGGGAGAGGGCGUGAGCUGCCCGGCAAGAGAUACAUCAGUUUGAUCCAUGGCAAUGGGCUUCAGGAUGUUUUCAUUACAGGUGAGAAUGGCACCAUCGAUGGCCAAGGUAGUGUGUGGUGGGACAUGUGGAAGAAGGGUACAUUGCCCUUCACAAGGCCCCAUCUACUCGAGCUGAUGGACUCGUCUAAUACUAUUGUCUCCAAUUUGGUCUUCCAGGAUUCGCCAUUUUGGAACAUCCAUCCAGUGUAUUGCAGCAAUGUGGUGAUCAGAAAUUUGACUAUACUGGCUCCACAUGACUCUCCCAACACUGAUGGAAUUGAUCCAGAUUCGAGCAGCAAUGUGUGCAUUGAGGAUUGCUACAUCUCGACGGGAGAUGACCUGAUCGCCAUCAAGAGUGGAUGGGAUGAAUAUGGCAUAGCCUACGGUCGGCCCAGCUCAGACAUUACCAUUAGGCGGAUCACGGGCUCCUCACCUUUUGCUGGCUUUUCUGUCGGGAGUGAGACCUCUGGUGGUGUGGAGAAUGUCCUGGCUGAGCAUCUGAAUUUCUACAGCUCAGGGUUUGGUGUUCACAUCAAGACCAACUCCGGCAGGGGAGGGUUCAUCCGAAACAUCACCGUCUCCGACGUGGUCUUGGACAAUGUCCGUUAUGGUCUAAGGAUUGCCGGUGAUGUUGGAGGACAUCCUGAUGAGCGCUACAACCACAAUGCGCUCCCAAUAGUGGACAGCCUGACGAUAAAGAAUGUUCAAGGGCAGAACGUCAGGGAGGCUGGGCUGAUCAAGGGCAUUCCAAACUCGGCGUUCUCCCGGAUCUGCCUGUCUAACAUUAAGCUCCAUGGCAGCGCACCAGUCCGCCCAUGGAAAUGCGCGGCUGUGAGUGGUGGUGCACUCGACGUGCAGCCCUCCCCGUGCACAGAAUUGACUAGCACGUCCGGGAUGAGCUUCUGUACAAAUUCCCUCUGA